AUGUCAAACGAUACUGACUUCACUGACGAAAAGGUGCCCAUGAGAACCCAUGAUCAACGCUACAGUGAAAGGAAGAAGCAUAGUAGCUAUAAAGGAUUUGUGAUAUCAAUUGGAGCCCUUGCUGCAUUAUUUUGGGGUGCAAGUAUACUUGUGUUGGGAAUUGCAAGAUUACGUUCAGUCACUUUACAGAUUAAACAACUGGACUUAUUAAAUUCAUCACCAAAUGUUUUCCUGAGAGGGUUCAAUGAAACUAGAAAUACAACUUUCUCCCCAAAAUAUAAAUCUAUUCAAUGGAUAUCUGAACCAGAUUCUUUAAUCAAUGAUAAAGGUACAUUUGUUACAAGUGAUGAUGAUAUCUAUGUUAUAAAAUCUAUUCAAGACUCCAACUAUGAAAAAUUACUAUACAAUGGCUCUCAUAUCUUUCAAGAUGGCUAUAACUUCUCCAUUGAUUCCUUUGUUGCCAGUCCUAAUUUGAAAUAUGCCUUGAUACAAACAAACAGUUCACAAAAUUGGAGACAUUCAACAUUUGGUCUAUAUUGGAUUUUAGACGUUGAUACUCAAAAGAUCACUCAAUUAAAUCCGGGUUUGGUUUCAAUUGCUAAGUGGGCACCACCUUCUGAUCGUAUUGCUUUUGUUCUUGAUAAUAAUAUCUACAUCUAUGAAUUGAGUUCAGGGAAGACUACACAAUCCACCUUUGAUGGAAGUGCUGAGAUCUUUAACGGAAAACCUGAUUGGGUUUAUGAAGAAGAGGUUUUAGAAGGUGAUACUGCUUUAUGGUGGUCUCCUAAUGGUGAAUAUGUUGCAUUCUUAAGAUCAAAUGACACUUUAGUUCCAGAGUUUCCUAUUCCUUAUUUUGUUCAAGGUGAUGGUGAAGAGAUCUAUCCUGAGUUGCGUAAACUAAAGUAUCCAAAACCUGGGUUCAACAAUCCUGAAGUGUCAAUUGGUAUUAUUGAUGUUCAGAAAGCUAAAACUAAAUUGGUCGAUUACCAUUAUGACAUUUUCACAGAGAUCAUAUGGGUUGGUAAUGAUCAAUUGUUGUUAAAAGCUACAAAUAGGGAAUCAGAUUUUUUGAAAGUGGUGCUGGUUGAUGCUCAAGAUUUAUCAUUUGAAAUUGUUAGAGAUGAAGUUACAGAGAGUUGGUUUGAAAUUACACAUGAUACAUUUUUUGUUCCAAAAUCUGAGGAAAAUGGGCGUCAGCAUGAUGGUUAUUUUGACACCAUUUCCGUUGAUGGGUUUAAUCAUUUAGCAUACUUCACCCCACCAAAUAACUCAACCCCAAAGAUCUUAACCUCUGGUGAAUGGGAAGUUGUUAGUGCACCAAGUGCGUUUGAUUAUGAGAAGAACUCUGUCUACUUCCUUUCCACUCAAGAUUCAUCAAUUGAAAGACAUUUGUAUUCAUUAAAUUUGUUGACUGGAGAAAAUAAAAAACUAACUGAAGGUGAAGGUUGGUUUUCUGCGUCAUUUUCAUCAGGUGCUAGAUUUUUGGCUUUGAGUUAUAGAGGUCCAGAAAUUCCUUAUCAACAUUUGAUUGACUUGCAUACAGGAGAAGUUGAAGUUCUUGAAGAUAACAAGAAGUUAUCCAAUUUGCUAUCCACAUAUGAAUUACCAACGAAUAAUUAUGGUGAAGUUGAUAUUGGAACUGCAAAAGUGAACUAUGUUGAAAGACUACCACCAAACUUCAAUUCAUCCGAAACCUAUCCGGUAUUAUUCUUUGUGUAUGGUGGUCCAAAUAGUCAACUGGUUACUAAAACAUUUGGAUUCUCAUUCCCAGACGUUGUUGCUUCACAAUUGAACGCAAUUGUGGUUACGGUCGAUGGACGUGGUACUGGAUUCAAAGGUCGUAAAUUCAGAUCUGUUGUUAGAGAUAACUUGGGUAAUUAUGAAGUUAUUGAUCAAGUUGCAGCUGCUAAACACUGGGGUUCCAAAUCAUAUGUUGAUGAAUCAAGAAUUACAAUUUUUGGGUGGAGUUAUGGUGGUUAUAUGACGUUAAAGACACUUGAGUAUGAUGCUGGUGAAACAUUCAAGUAUGGUAUGUCAGUUGCUCCUGUUACUGACUGGAGGCUAUAUGAUUCUAUUUACACAGAAAGAUAUAUGCAUACACCUCAAAACAAUGAGGAUGGUUAUAUUGAAUCUUCAGUUCACAAUGUCACACAAAUUGGAGAAGCUACCAGAUUUUUGCUAUGUCACGGUACUGGAGAUGACAAUGUUCAUAUUCAAAACUCAUUGAAGUUUUUGGAUAAGUUGAACCUUGAAGGUGUUGAAAACUAUGAUGUUCAUGUUUUCCCCGAUUCUGACCAUGCAAUUCGUUACCAUAACGCAAAUGUGAUCAUUUAUGAUAAGCUUCUACUAUGGUUAAAAAAGGCAUUUAGGGGAGACUAUAUAAAUUACAAUUAG